AGAACCAAGGUGGGAGACGAUAAUCUCUGCUGAAGGUUCACCAUGGAUCUUAUGCACAGUGCAGGGGUCCAGGCCACCAGCUACCUCCAAGAGAAUUUCAUGGACUUUCAGGACUGGUUUCUCUUCAUCUCCACAGCAGCUGACCUCAAAACAACUUUUUUUGUCUUCUUCCCUGUCUGGUUCCAACUGAAGGAAGCAGUGGCAAUCCGGCUCAUCUGGGUAGCUGUCAUCGGUGAUUGGUUCAACCUUGUUUUCAAGUGGAUCCUCUUUGGAGAGAGACCCUACUGGUGGGUACAUGAGACAGAUUUCUAUGGCAAUGUAACACCCCCGGUAAUCCGGCAGUUUCCCAUUACCUGUGAGACUGGUCCAGGUAGCCCUUCUGGUCAUGCCAUGGGGUCUUCUGGGGUCUACUAUGUCAUGGUGACAGCACUGCUAUCACAACUAUUGCCAGAGAAGCGAAACACCCUGACUGCCAGGUGUCUGAAUGGUCUCCUUUGGGCGGGAUUCUGGGCUGUACAAGUCUGUGUUUGCUUAUCCCGAGUCUUCCUUGCUGCACACUUCCCACAUCAAGUGAUCUCAGGUGUUAUUUCAGGGAUGCUGGUGGCUGUGGUUUUUGAACACGUCCAUUCCAUCUACACCGCCAGUCUCAUGCGAUACAUUGGAACGAUUGGCUUCCUCUUUGGUUUUGCCCUGGGCUUCUACCUGCUGCUCAAGAUGCUGGGUGUAGAUCUCCUAUGGACACUCGAGAAGGCCCACAAGUGGUGUGAACGGCCUGAGUGGGUCCAUAUUGACACGACCCCUUUUGCCAGUCUGCUGCGCAAUCUGGGCAUUUUGUUUGGUCUGGGGCUUGGACUCAACUCCCCAAUGUAUGCAGAAAGUUGCAAAGGGAAGCAAAGCCAAGGGCUGACUUUCCACCUCAGCUGCAUCAUUUCCUCACUGUUAGUCCUGCACCUGUUUGAUUCCUUUGAACUACCCACUGACCAGGAGAUCCUCUUCUACAUCCUAUCAUUCUGCAAGUGCACUUGUGCCCACAUCUGUGCCGUGGCCCUGAUCCCCUACGGCAUUUCCCACCUCCUUCAGCAGACAGACAAGAAAGAUUUAUAAGGAAUCCUGCAGUAGAGCUACCUUGGACAUGGAUCUUCUUUAGUUCUGAAGACUAAAGGUUUAUAAGCUAAGAUAUGUUGCUGUCUCUUCUGUGGGUGAUCAAACAGAGCCUUGAUCCCUUCCAUACACUGAUGAAUACAGCUGCCUCCAGAUAGAAAUGGUUUGAUAUUCUGGCUGGAAGGACAGGGAGGAAAGGCAUAGGUAUUUUAGCCAGAGAUGAAAGCUGAGUGGCAUCUGGGAUGUGCCUUAGAAAAGCUUCUGAGGAAUGCAAACUGGAACAGGAGAUGGCUAAAAUACCUUGUUAAUUUGCAAGCAAGCCGGAAUUCAUUACAA